AGUACGUUUAUAUAAAGGCUGAGCAAUAUGAACGGGCUGCUUUUUUAUUAGCAAAACGAAAGAUAUGAAUACGGAAGACUGAUGACCUACGUUUUUGAAAUUAAUUCAAGUUCUGUUAUUGUGUUGCCAGUGCCCAGCCAAUCUCGCGACAGAACGAUUAUCUUGUUAGCGAAAUAAAGGUAAAAAAGAUUUGUUUAUUUUUAAAAUUGUGUCGAUGUUGAAGGUGAUUAAUUGUUAAUGGCAAACUUAUGGAAUGCAGUGCUACCGACUAGGUUGCAGCGGUUAACAGAAUCCAGUAAAUUCGCCAAGAUCAGUAAUUCGUUUUUCAGAAUUUUGUAACUUAAGGCUAAAAAUCCUUUAAAAUUGUUUACAAUCGCGAUUACAGCAGCUUAUUUCAUGUCUAUAGAAACAGUCACAGGAGUGGGCUGCAAAACGGCUUUACGAAUUGGGCACUAAUUGCUUGCAACGAACUGGUGUAGCCAAGAUUUUGUAGCCCCCUGUUUCCAAGUUUGAGUAAACAGUAGUAGAUUCAAUCAAAUAGUUUUUUGCUCGUCAUCGUCAGCUGCCAAAGUUCGUGUGUAAUCAAUCGUAAAUAGAUCAUGAAUGGAAAAACGUUCAAAGUUUGCCCUUGUUUACUGUAUCGGCAUGCCAAUCUGCCGAAGAACCGCCUGAUGCAAACGAGGCCGCUUCGGAAUAUAUUCAAAACAGACAGUAAAUCAUCUUUUCGAUCGAUGCAUCUAUUUUUUGGCUGUAUUUCACCCGCUGAGACUUCACUUUAACCAGAGAAACAGCAAAAAGGAAAGAUAGCGGCAAGUGUAGAGUGCAUUCACAGUUUACAGCCGUGUUGUGAGUGCAGACGUUUCUUUGCUAUAAGACCCUAGUCUUCGACAGUAUGACUGUUAAAGCAAAAAGUGUCCCAGUUACGGAAGAGUUUGAAAACGAAGAAAACUCAUUCACACCACGGAAGAAGAAAACUAGAUUGAUAAUUGCUGGAAUUUUAUUGUUAGUUGUUGCAUCUACAGCAAUUGGCUUGAGCGUUGGGUUAACAAGAAAGGAAAACAUUGAAUCUUUGCAGCAUAAAAGAAGAUCAGACGGGAAGACAGCACCUUAUGGAAGCUGGAAAAGCCCUUUGAGCAGCAAAGUCGUGAGCAGUAGCUCUAUUUCAUUUCACGAUUUGAGAGUCGACCCUCGAAAUCCAGGAACUAUUUACUGGACCGAACUUCACCCAGAUGAAGGUGGCAUAAAUGUACUGUACUCAUUUAAAAUUAAAGACCAGCAACUGACAAGAUGGACAGCCAGCUCAGUUAGUCUAAGUUCAAGAGUGCAUGAAUAUGGUGGAGCUGCAUUCAUUGUCUACAACGGAGUGGUGUACUUCGUUAACCAUUCUGAUCAAAAAUUGUAUAUGAUGAAUGCACCCCUUCAAAAUCCUGUUGCAAUUACUAAAACUGAUGACAUGAGGUAUGGAGACUGUGCUUUCCAUGCAACUGCUAAUAAACUAAUAUGUGUUAGAGAAGACCACAGUGUUGUGAAAAGUGGAACAAAUAAAGAGGCACAAAAUACAAUUGUUAUGAUUGAUCUAGCUUCGCAGACCGAAACAGUUCUGGUAAAAGGAUCAGAUUUUUACGCCUCACCGAAAAUAUCUCCCAAUGGAAAAGAGCUGGUAUGGAUGCAAUGGUCACACCCCAAUAUGCCUUGGGAUGACACUCAGAUAUAUAAAGGUAGCUUUGAUGACCAGGUGACAUCACUGAUGCAGUCAUCAAUCAAAAAGGUGGAAGGUCGUGCAGGGCUGAAUGUUAUGCAUCCCAGGUGGAGCCCAGAUGGGACUGUCCUCUAUAUUUCUGAUGAAACCAAUUGGUGGAACAUUUACGAAGAAGGGAAAAACUUGUAUAAAGUAGACACAGACUUGGGCCAACCACAAUGGAGGCUUGGUUGCGAUCUGUUCUCUGUUUCUAAUAAUGGCAAUAUUGUUUUCAUUAAUGAUCGGAAACCUGCGAUUAUUUACAAGAAUAGUGGAAAAGUUGAAAAUUUACCCUCAAAGGGCUAUCACCCUAAAACUGUACUAUUUUCUCCUGAUGGAAAAUCCGUAUAUCUGUUUGGAGAUAGUCCUAUAGCACACAGUGCCAUAUUAAGUGUAGAAUUGGCAUCUGGAAAUGUGGAGAUCUUGAAAAACGCUUCAAAUUCGCUCAUUGAUGAAGCCUACUUAUCCAAGCCAGAAAAGAUCACAUUUCCCACUGGAAAAGAUAACAAGUCAAAAGCAUAUGGAUAUCUUUAUAUGCCAGAGAACAAGGAUUACAGUGCACCGAAAGGAGCCUUACCUCCUUUGCUGAUACAAGUUCAUGGUGGACCUACUGCUGCAGCCAGCCUUGCCCUCGAUUACAAUAUUCAAUAUUACACGUCACGUGGUUUUGCAGUACUUGAUGUUGAUUACAGAGGUAGUACUGGGUAUGGACGGAAGUUUAGGACCUCGCUCUAUGGAAACUGGGGUGUUUAUGAUAUGGAGGACUGCGCAAAAGGUGCAUCAUAUCUUGCACACGAAAAGAAGAUUGUUGAUCCAAAAAAGCUGGUAAUCAGUGGCGGAUCUGCCGGUGGAUAUGUUGUAUUGGCAUCACUCACAUUUACAGACGUUUUUGCUGCAGGAUCCAGUCACUAUGGAAUCUCAGAUAUUGUAGUACUUAUCAAGGAAACUCAUAAGUUUGAGAGCAGAUACAUUGAUAAUUUGCUACUACCUGGCGACAAGGGCUUGAAAUUGGCUCGUGAGAGGUCUCCGAUUUACCAUCUCGAUAGCCUGAAGAAGCCAAUUGCUUUCUUCCAAGGAGAACUUGAUAAGGUUGUUCCACCGAAUCAAGCUCACAAGAUGUUUGAUGCAAUCAAAGCCAAAGGGCUGCCCUGUGCUUUUGUUCUUUUCAAAGGUGAAUAUCACGGAUUUGCAAAAUCAGAAAGCAAGCAAAAAGCCCUGGACGGUGAAUUCUACUUUUUCUCAAAGUUACUCGACUUUGAAGCAGCAGAUAAAGGCAUAGAAAUCAAGAUUGAAAAUUUGAAGCAGAAAUGAAGCAAGUAAAAGCACAAAGACAUACUGCAUUUAGUUUGCUCAAAGUUCUAAAUUAAUUUGCUGCUUGCAAUAUCUAAUAUGCUAUGUUGCCCGAUUUUAAGGUAUUAAUUCUUAAGGCAAGUAAGGUAAACGAGAAGGUAAAAGGCAAGGAAGCUACCAUCCUUUUGCAAUUGCUAUUUUAGAGUUCAUGGGUUCUUAAUAGUUGGUACAUAUUCAUGGUAAAUUCUGUGGUAAUUAGUCAUAAAAACACAUUAAACGUCUGCUGUUUGUAGCAGAAAAAUUUUUAUUUUAGGAUUAGUAACAGUAUUUUGUUAGCAAAUAAUAAACAAACUUUAGCUUGUAAAUUCGCACAUACUAUUUCAUCCUCUAAAACAAGGCAGAAAAUGUAAAAUACUGUUAAUUUUAAUUUCAUAAUAAUUGAGGUAAGAUUCAACAA